CUUCCACUUCACCUCUACGCCUACAACCGCGAAACGACCGGCGGCUUUUGGAAUUCGCGUGUGUAAUUGGGUUAUUGAUUCCAUACCUCCUCCGGAUCCCAACACCUUUCACUCUAGAUUCUCGCCGCCUUAUCGUUCAGUAUGGCUCCGAGAUACAUCUGCCAAUCUUGCCUCGAGGCAUUCCAGCCCACCGAAGUACAUUUUUCCGAUGCGUGUACGCAUCCGUACUGCACCGAGUGCAUACGCAAAAUGAUUGAACUAUCGGUCAAGCCUGCGGAGAUAUUCCCCCCUCGCUGCUGCGAGCUUCCUAUCCCCUUGACGCCCCAACUAGCAAUGAUCCUUAGCAGGGAGAUCCGAACUGCCUACUUCGAAAAGCUAGCUGAGAUGAAUACCCAAAACGCCGCUUACUGUUCCAGGCCCGACUGUGGAGCAUUCAUCCCAGUAGAGUACCAAACUUACAAUCUUGCUGUUUGCAAGAAGUGUGACUGGUUCACGUGUUCUAGAUGUGGAAAUAAUUACCACGAAGGACAGUGCCCCAUUGAACCUGGCCUAUCCGAGUUACAGGCAAUUGCGGAGAAGAAAGGAUGGAAACGAUGUGCCUGCGGCAGACUGAUUGAGAGAAUUGACGGCUGCGAGAGUAUAAUCUGCAUUUGCGGACGGGAUCUUUGCUAUGAUUGUUCGCGAGAGAUCGGCGAUUGUAUUUGCAACGAACUCUACAGACAGCGGGAGGAAGAGGCAGAGGAAGAGGACGAAGAAGAAGAAGAGGAGGAGGAGGAGCAAGAGGCACAAGACGUACAAGACGUACAAGAGGAGCAGGAGGGACAGGUGAACCUGGGAGAAGGCGCGGCACAUAAAAAUGUCUACACACGCAUAGAACAAACGGUCAACGACGCGAUCAUUGGAGGGACAUCGGGAUCUGUUACCCUAAGUGUCGGAGAAGGAUUGAAUAUUACAGCCACUUUUUCGGAAGCAACGACAGAGCUACCUGCACCUCUUCACCCCCAACCGAAUUCGCCCACAGGUCCGACCGCUGAGAGAGGACAUGACGAGGAGCAGCAGGAGGAGCAAGAGGAGGAGCGGGACGGGAAGCAACCCAGUCCUAGCUGCCGCCACCACUAUCUAAAGGACACUAUCGAUUUUAAGGGUUCCGGGGGUGUCUACCCGUAG